CGGCAACCUGAACUCAACUCCAUCCAUUUCACUCGUCGUCGCAAGUGACUGACAGUGACAUCAACUUCGCAAACUUCGCACCACUUUUUAACCCAACUCCCAACUCCCAAUCCUUUAUUUCUUCUUUUUUUUUUUUACAUUGCGCGGAGUGUCCCCCUCCUCAUCAAUUAUUUCCUUGAUUCUUAGCCAUCCUCUUCUAUCUUAGUGGUUUAAGCAAUCUACGAAUCUUCCGAGGUUCUUUUGAAUUGAAGGUCAACGGUCUAACUGGAAGAUUCAUUAGGUGUCAAAGAAAGCUGAUUUUCCAGGAAACCGGCUUUCGUCCCUUUACUCCAGAAACAUAUCCUCCCGACCCUGUGCGUGGUCUUCUCCUAAUAUACUCGGAGGAGGGCGUCCCUUCCGAAAACCGCCACCAUGUCUCUCACCGCGACGCGAUCCAUGCCCCAGACGCCGAAUCGAGAGGAUAUCGGCCAGACCUGGGAAUACCUUCAACAGGGAAUUUCAAAGAUUAUGAUCAACCUCCAAGAUGGCAUGGAUAUGGGAGCAUACAUGGGCAUCUACACUGCGGUCCAUAACUUUUGCACGUCUCAGAAAGCUGUAGGAUUGGGAAGCUCCAACGGGGUUGGCCAAGCUCAUAGAGGAGCGCACCUGCUUGGAGAGGAUCUGUAUAAGAAACUCAAGGAAUAUCUCAACAAUCACCUCCAUGGACUUUUCGAAUCAUCGAAGGCGCACACCGACGAGGCCCUACUUGCGUUCUACAUUAGAGAAUGGAACAGAUACACCAUCGCCGCCAAGUAUAUUCACCAUCUUUUCAGAUACCUUAACCGACACUGGGUUAAGCGCGAAAUGGACGAGGGAAAGAAGAACACUUAUGAUGUCUACACUUUGCACCUGUAUCAAUGGCGCACGGAGUUUUUCACUCCUGUCAACAAGAAGGUUAUGGAUGCCGUGCUCAUGCUGGUCGAAAAGCAGAGAAAUGGUGAGACCAUUGAACAUGGCCAGAUCAAACAGGUUGUCGACUCAUUCGUUUCCCUUGGCCUUGACGAGCACGAUGCAACCAAGUCCACCCUCGACACCUACAGGUUCCAUUUUGAGAAACCUUUCCUCGCGGCGACCGAAGAGUUCUACAAGGCUGAAUCGAAGCAAUUUGUUGCCGAAAAUAGCGUUGUGGAAUACAUGAAGAAAGCUGAAGCACGCCUAGCUGAAGAGGAGGAGCGUGUUCGCAUGUAUCUUCACAAUGACAUAGCUGUUCCAUUGAAGAAGACAUGCAACAAGGCCCUUAUCGCUGAUCAUUCCGCUAUGCUAAGGGAUGAGUUUCAGGUUCUUCUCGACAAUGAUCGAGAAGAUGAUAUGGCUCGCAUGUAUAGUCUUCUUUCUAGAAUCCCGGAAGGCUUAGAUCCGUUGCGACAGAGAUUCGAAGCACAUGUGCGGAAUGCUGGCCUUGGUGCGGUUGCGAAGGUUGCCGCCGACGCAGAGAAGCUUGAUCCUAAGGUCUACGUCGAGGCCUUGCUUGAGACCCACACGAGAUAUCAAGGCUUAGUCAAGCGUGCGUUUGCUGAUGAGCCCGAGUUCACUCGGUCAUUAGACAACGCUUGCAGAGAGUUUGUGAACCGUAACGAAAUCUGCAAGGCAGGAAGCAGCAAAUCCCCCGAACUUCUCGCCAAAUACACAGACGUGCUUCUGCGAAAGAGUGGGACUGGUGUGGAGGAAGCUGAGCUCGAUACUACCCUAACACAGAUCAUGACCGUAUUCAAGUACAUCGAAGACAAGGAUGUAUUCCAGAAAUUCUACUCUAGAAUGUUGGCAAGACGUCUAGUACAUAGCAAUUCUUCAUCAGACGAUGCCGAGACCAGCAUGAUCAGCAAACUCAAGGAGGCGUGCGGCUUCGAGUACACUAAUAAGCUACAGCGCAUGUUCCAAGAUAUGCAGAUUUCUAAGGAUCUCAACACGGGAUUCCGAGAGCAUACUAGAGGAUUACAACUAGAGAAGCAGCCUCUAGAUUCGACAUAUUCUAUACUGGGAACCAGCUUCUGGCCUUUGACACCACCCAACACGACGUUCUUCCCCCCAGCUGAGAUCCAGACCGAUAUCGACCGGUUCACACUCUUCUACAAGAACAAGCACGAGGGUCGUAAGCUGAGCUGGUUAUGGCAAUUGUGCAAGGGUGAAUUGAAGACGGGCUAUUGCAAAACGAAGACACCCUUCACGUUCCAAGUCAGUGUCUACCAAAUGGCCAUUCUUCUACUAUUCAACUCCAAGGAUGUCCAUUUGUAUGAGGACAUACAAUCGGUCACCCAGUUGACUAGCGAGGUCUUGGAUUCUGCCAUCGGGAUCCUUUGCAAAGCCAAAGUUCUGAUUAUGAAGCCGGACGGCGAGAAACCCGGCGCUGGAAAGACAUUCCACCUCAACUAUGACUUCAAGAGCAAGAAAAUCCGCGUCAACCUGAAUAUCGGAACCAAGACGGAGCAGAAGCAGGAGGAAGCAGAUACCAAUAAGACAAUUGAAGAAGACCGCCAACUCGUAUUACAAUCUGCGAUCGUCCGAAUCAUGAAAGCACGAAAGAAGAUGAAGCACACUCAAGUUGUGAACGAAUGUAUCAUCCAGAUCAAGUCGCGCUUCGUCCCCAAAGUCAGUGACAUUAAAAAAUGCAUCGAGAUCCUACUCGACAAGGAAUAUCUUGAGCGUUUGGACGACGACGAGCUCGGUUAUCUUGCAUAAUGGGGUUGUAAUACCUACCUAUCUCAGUACCUGAUAAACAUACAACAUUAUACUCAUACAACCAUUCCGUUCUCCCUUUAGCAUCGGUUGGUGGCUUACGUCCUCCUCGUUACAUAGGUAGUGAAGGGGCGGUGGAUAUGCAAGCUCAGAAGUUUGGGUGACCCUAAGAGAGCCUGAAAAAAAGGGAGGGCUUAGUAGGCUAUUUGACCCAAUAGUUCGGGACGAUUACUAGAUUUAUGCAUUUGGCAACGGCUUGAAAAGCCGAGGCUGAGUCAGUUGAACCCCGAAACCCCUAAUGAAAAUGAACCAGCAAAAGGAUGGAUUAAGGCGAUGCCGCUCCUGUAUACAUUGAUGCAAGGAUAACGGAUCCUACUGGACAGAGAGACAGACAGAGAGAGAGAGAGCUGAGUCAAGAAAACAAAUGAUAGCUGGCAGCUGUUAGCUACCUAGGCACCUCACCUACCUACUUACCUCACUACUUAUCUACCUACCUACCUAACCUGGUAUCUAGGUAGGUAGAUAGGUAGGUAGUUACUACUAUACAUAAGGGAGGUAGGUAGGUGGGCAGGUAAAAAAAGGGCUUUGUGGCCUUUUUUUAUUCCCCGUCGAUUGAAAAAGACCACGGUUCCACCUCUGCACGCACGUACGUUUGCUAUUCAAUGAAUAAACAAUUUAUGUACUCCUUUGUGUUUUCCCUCUAUGCC